AUGCCAGAGGAAUCCCCCAUUCUCAGAGGAGUCACCUUUAAUCAAUUUUCUGCUGAUGAUUAUUCUCAUCUUUUCAGAAAGCAAAACAACAGAUCUCUUAAUUAGAUUGAUGAGCUUUUAUAUCACCAUGAGAAAUUGAGAUAAUCUCUAGGCGAGGAGAGAGCAGCUUAGAUCGCAGCAAGUCCAGAUUUGUUCUAUAAUCAUGAAAAGUUCAGAUUAAUGCAGGCAUCAGCAAGAGCUAGAGCAUUUUUAACCACAUUAGUAGUAGCACCAGCAAUCAUAGUAGCUUUUUAAAAAUCCGGUAGAUUUGUGCCAAGGUACUAAAAGGUAGGACUUGGGUUAGGCAUCUUUGUAGCAUCUUUCACUGUUUGGCACAGAAUAGUGGGGUAUGGAAGCCAAGUUAAAAAUGAGCAGGAAUAUGCGAAAAGUUAAAAGAUGAUCAGAAAUUUAAUGAUCAGAGCAUGA